AUGAAGUUGCUGGCGGCCGCUUGUCUAGCAGGCGUCACAACAGCCCAGUACUUUCCAUCACAACCCGAGGGACUGACUGUCGUGAAUUCAAAGCACGAAGAAGGCGUGAAGAUAUCUUAUAAACAGCCGGGAAUCUGUGAAACCACCCCAGGCGUUAAAUCGUACUCCGGCUAUAUUCACCUGCCUCCAGGGACUCUGAACGACGAACAUGUUGAUCAGAAUUAUUCCAUCAACACAUUCUUCUGGUUUUUCGAAUCGCGUCAUGAUGCAAGAAACGCCCCGUUGUCCAUCUGGAUGAAUGGCGGGCCCGGCAGCUCGUCCAUGAUCGGUCUCAUGCAGGAGAAUGGUCCCUGCCGCGUCAAUGCAGAUUCCAAUUCGACCGAACUCAAUCCCUGGUCUUGGAAUAACUACGUAAAUAUGCUGUACAUCGACCAGCCCAAUCAGGUUGGUUUCAGUUACGAUAUCCCCACCAACGGCACUUUCGACCAGGUCGCAUCCGCUUGGGACGUGUCGGAGUGGACACAUGGCGUUCCAGAGCAAAAUAAUACUUUCUAUGUCGGCACGACUACCAGCCAAAAGAGAACAUCGGCGGCUAAUAGCACAGAAAAUGCGGCCCGGUCCCUGUGGCACUUGGCGCAAACCUGGUUCUCCGAGUUUCCGGAGUACAAGCCACGCGACGAUCGCGUCAGCAUCUGGACCGAGUCUUAUGGUGGUCGUUAUGGCCCCUCUUUCACUGCGUUCUUCCAAGAACAAAAUGAGAAGAUCAAGAAUGGUUCGAUCACUUCCCCAGCGGAAUCUCAUUAUAUCCACUUGGAUACAUUGGGAAUUAUAAAUGGCUGUGUCGAUCUCCUUGUGCAGGCGCCGACGUACCCGGUGAUGGCGUAUAACAAUACGUAUGGGAUCGAAACUAUCAAUCAGACCGUGUACGACCAGGCCAUGCAGGCAUGGAGCCGUCCUGGGGGAUGUAAGGACCUCAUCGUACAAUGCCGGACCCUUGCAGCAGAAAGCGAUCCACAGAUGUACGGCAACAACGAAACCGUGAAUCAAGCGUGCCAAAAUGCAUCUAGCAUCUGCAGAAAUAACGUGGAGGGUCCUUACACUACCUUUGCCGACCGAGGCUACUACGAUAUUACUCACAAAAACCCCGAUCCAUUCCCACCGCAAUAUUAUUUUGGAUUCUUGAGCCAGCAUUGGGUACAAAAGGCCUUGGGGGUACCUAUCAACUAUACCGAGUCUAUUGAUAGCGUCUAUGAAGGUUUUGACGCGACCGGGGAUUAUCCUCGUGGUGACGUGCAUGGCUACCUCAAUGAUCUCGCCUAUGUCCUAGAUUCUGGUAUCAAGGUAUCACUCAUCUACGGAGACCGCGACUAUGCCUGUGAUUGGAUUGGCGGCGAAGAUGUGAGUUUGGGCAUCGAUUACACCAAGGCAUCUUCUUUCCGUGAGGCUGGAUAUGCGCCUAUUCGGACCAACUCCACUUAUAUUGGAGGACAGGUCCGUCAACAUGGGAACUUCUCUUUUGCCCGAGUUUAUCAGGCUGGUCAUGAGGUGCCUGCUUACCAGCCUGAGACUGCGUACGAACUCUUCCACCGAGCCCUUUUCAAUCGUGACCUGGCGACUGGUAAGAUUGACACUGCUCGUAAUGAUUCUUACUCUACCGAGGGCCCUUCGUCCACUUGGCAUAUCAAGAAUGAGGUUCCCGAAAGUCCUGGUCCAGUGUGCUACAUCUUGUCUCUGGAGGCGACUUGCACUGAUGAUCAGAUCGCCAGUGUGCGCAACAAUACGGCGGUCAUCAAAGACUAUGUUGUUGUGGGUACAACGUCCGAAUAA